AUGCCUUCAUUUUGCACCGAGGCCGCCGACAGCCCGCAAUCCAAGGCAUUUAAGGAAGGCAUCGGAGCCACGACGCCCGGGUACCACAUUCGCCACACGUGGCUGUGCGCUGGACCUCCUGCGACAGGAAAGCUUUUCGUGGUCCGUGAGCCGAGGCGCUCCACUCGACGCGUCGAGGCGCAGCACCGCGUCGAGUGCUUCUCCUCUCUACACCAACAACAAAUAGCCAUCUUCUAUCAUCGCAACACAUCACUUAUCAUCAUGUCCGGUACUGCAGCCGAUAGCCAACUGGCAAAGCAAGCUCGGGCCGCUCACGCGCGUGCUGUCAGAGUCGCCAAUAAGGAGAAGAGGGAGAAGCUCAAGGCAGCCAGAGUCGAACGCAUGGCGCGUGCCCGCGCCGCAAAGAAAACUUGA